GGGGGAGGUCAGGCAUGUUUUGGCAGGCAUUGCCUCUUGGGAGAAUUUCUUUGUUUCUCUGUUUCAUGCAGGUAUAGCUAAUGACUCUGAAAAUCCCCACAUUGCUCAAUAGUUUCCAGCCUUUUCCUGUAAGCUGUGAAACCUUAUUUCAAUUUCCUGUAAAUAGCCUGUAUUUUAUUACAGCCAAUUGCACACCUGGUUUCAGUUCUGUGCAGUGAUGUUAGUUUUAACUACAUUAACACUUACAGCCUCAGUAACUGCCCCCUGGGCAACCAGGAUUUCAAUCGAGUUCUAAUCCAGCUCUGUGGGUACACUGGUCAUGGAAAGUCCUCCCUGAUCAAUUCCUGCAAAUAUGUGUUAAACGAUAAGGAGUUUAAACUGCAUGCUCAAGCUGCUUCCAUCGAUGGUGGGCUCACAAUGGAGAGGAAGUCCUAUCAACUAACAAGUUCCAUCACCAUGGUGGACAACAGAGGGUGGUCAAUGAUGAAUGCUUUCGAGAUGGGUGAAAUCUAUGCCCAGCUGGGUAAGCUAUGUCAAAAGUCAGCUUGGUGAUGGGAAUUGGGAAUGGCGAUAUGAUUUCAUUUAUUGUUAUCGAGAAACAAAAAAAUGUCAAAUUGUUGGCAGAAUUUUUGUUUAAAAUAGAUGUUUUCUGUAGAAAGAGAUAAUAGAAAAAUUAAAAUACCAUUUAAAGUUAGAGAUUAGAGAAUUUAGGGGUAAAUUUCAGACAACACUCUAAAAAGCUUGUCAGAAAGGUGGCAGAGAUACCAUGGAAGAGUCCAAAAAAAGGAAGCUGGUGUCUUCCUCGUAGCAAUGCCCAGACUGGAUCAGUAGCCAUAUCUAUGAUUCUGACCCCAUGAUCCUGCCACGUGUUUCAUGCUAACAGAAUGUUUAACCCCUUAAGGACACAUGACACGUGUGACAUGUCAUGAUUCCCUUUUAUUCCAGAAGUUUGGUCCUUAAGAGGUUAAUAAAUGUUUUUUCUCCCUUGUGCUAAAGUCCUGCCCUUAUAGAAACAAAAAGUAAUAUAUAUAACUGUGUGUCUGUAUGUUCUGACUAGAGAGAUGGGUUUAUUGUAAGAAUAAGAAAGCUGGGAAUCGAGCCGUGGUAUUAAAGAAGGUGACAGCAUGUCAGUUAUUAGUUGAAGACUAAGAAUCUCAGCAGUCAGAGAGUAGAUACAAGACAAUUAUACUACAGAAACAAAGAUUGUAUAAAGUUCAAAACAUCUACAAAAACAAUCAAACAGAAAAAAAUCACUUUUAAACAGAUAUGGACUAUAUAGUGACAGCUCCAUAACUCAUUCUCAAUAUCUGCCUUAGUUUAGCUUCAAAACAAUCAUGAAGAAUAAAUUCCAUUAUAUAGGUUUCAUCUCAGUGAGAACGUGAUCCAAUCCUGAACCUAAAUUACAGAAAUAUAAAGGGAUUUUCACUAAACCAUGGACUAUAUGGAAUUAAUGAAUACAUUGAGUGCUGCAGAUUUGUAGAUACAUCUUGUGGCCCCAGUUGCACAAGCAUCCCAGUGACAACUUCUUGUGACAUAUUUUCACAUUCACUAUCUUCUUUCACUGUCUGUCGAGAUGAUGGAUUCAAAAUCAGACACAAUUCAAAAAAAUAACAAUGUUACAGACAUCACUAAUAUAGAUAGAUACUGGAUAGAUAGAUAGAUAGAUAGAUAGAUAGAUAGAUAGAUAGAUAGAUAGAUACGGGAUAGAUAGAUAGAUAGAUAGAUACGGGAUAGAUAGAUAGAUAGAUAGAUAGAUAGAUAGAUACUGGAUAGAUAGAUAGAUAGAUAGAUAGAUAGAUACGGGAUAGAUAGAUAGAUAGAUAGAUACUGGAUGGAUAGAUAGAUAGAUAGAUAGAUAGACAGAUAGAUAGAUAGAUAGAAAGAUAGAUAAAGGAUAGAUAUAUAGAUAGAUAGAUACUGGAUAGAUAGAUAGAUAGAUAGAUAGAUAGAUAGAUAGAUAGAUAGAUAAUAUAUAGAUAGAUACUGGAUAGAUAGAUAGAUAGAUAGAUAGAUAGAUAGAUAGAUAGAUAGAUAGAUAGAUAGAUAGAUAGAUAGAUAGAUAGAAAGAUAGAUAGAUACUGAUAGAUAGAUACUGGAUAGAUAGAUAGAUAGAUAGAUAGAUAGAUAGAUAGAUAGAUAGAUAGAUGAAUAGAUAGAUAGAUAGAUAGAUAGAUAGAUAGAUAGAUAGAUAGAUAGAUAGAUAGAUACUGGAUAGAUAGCUAGAUAGAUAGAUAGAUAGAUACUGGAUAGAUAGAUAGAUAGAUAGAUAGAUACUGGAGAGAUAGAUAGAUAGAUAGAUAGAUACUGGAGAGAUAGAUAGAUAGAUAGAUAGAUAGAUAGAUAGAUAGAUAGAUAGAAAGAUAGAUAAAGGAUAGAUAGAUAGAUAGAUAGAUAGAUAGAUAGAUAGAUACUGGAUAGAUAGAUAGAUACUGAAUAGAUAGAUAGAUAGAUAGAUAGAUAGAUAGAUAGAUAGAUACUGGAUAGAUAGAUAGACAGAUAGAUAGACAGAUAGAUAGAUACUGUAUAAAUAGAUAGAUAGAUAGAUAGAUAGAUAGAUAGAUAGAUAGAUACUGGAUAGAUAGAUAGAUAGAUAGAUAGAGAGUUAGAUAGCUGGGGUGGGAAACCCUGUACUUUGAGUAUCGGAAUUUGGGAACAAAGGGAGCGGAGUCCCUACCCGCACUAGGGCUCCAGGGAGGGGGAGGAUCCUGUUAUGUAACCUUGUGUGACUGUGUGAUACACCCCUUGCAUGGGGAGAUGUUUAAAAGCUGUGUGUGGCCAAUAAAGUGGUUGUUAUACCUCCAGGCCUGUGUGUUGUCCAGUUACUGGGGGGAAAUGGGUCUCUUGGUAUUCUAAGUGGUUCCUGACCGGCUGAAGGAAGGGGACUAGUGGAAGUAACCGGUCUGGUUACGCAUGGUCCGCUACACUCCCAGGAGUGUACUCUCCUACUCCCAGCAGGGUAGACUCACAUCCAUGAUCCGGUACUCUUACUGAAGCAGAUAGAGUGCAUAGGAAGAUGAAUUUCACGGCAAACAAUCUGUGCAGGACGUAGUAAUAGUUUUACAACCAAAGUUUAAAAUACUGUUUCCGUUUGAUGUAAGGAAAGAUGACAGGCUUAUAGCUGUGUGAUUUUUGCAAAUUACUGGAGUAAUAAUGCACUAAAGGCAAUGAGAAUAGGUGGUUUUGGUGCCUGGAAUUUCCCUUUUUAAAUCUUAAUUAAUUCUAAUUUCACAGGUAAUCUGAUUCCUGUAGAUGAAAAGGUUGAGUGGACAACAGAAUAUCAGGACAUGUUAUUCCGGGUGGAGGACGCCGACAUCGAGCCAAGCUUUACCGAUGUCAUUGUGCCGAUAUUCGUCUACAGGUGAGAAUUAAUCCUACAUAUUAUAUAAAAUGUGACGGCAGAUAAGAACCAUUCGGCCCAUUUAGUCCCAAUUUUCUAAACACUUGCAUUAGUCUCAUUGCAUUGGUCUUAUUUUAUAGCUAGGGUAGCCUUAUGCCUAUCCCACGCAUGCUUAAACUCCUUUACUGUGUUAACCUCUACCACUUCACCUGGAAGGCUAUUCCAUGCAUCCACUACCCUCUCAGUAAAGUAAUACUUCCUGAUAUUAUUUUUAAACCUUUGUCCCUCUAAUUUAAGACUAUGUCCUAUUGUUGUGGUAGUUUUUCUUCUUUAAAAUAUAGUCUCCUCCUUUACUGUGUUGAUUCCCUUUAUAUAUUUAAAUGUUUCUAUCAUAUCCCCCCUGUCUCGUCUUUCCUCCAAGCUAUACAUGUUAAGAUCCUUUAACCUUUCCUGGUAAGUUUUAUCCCGCAAUCCAUGAACCAGUUUAGUAGCCCUUCUCUGAACCCUCUCUAAGGUAUCAAUAUCCUUCUGAAGAUACGGUCUCCAGUACUGUGUACAAUACUCCAAGUGAGGUCUCACCAGUGUUCUGUACAAUGGCAUGAGCACUUCCCUCUUUCUACUGCUAAUACCUCUCCCUAUACAACCAAGCAUUCUGCUAGCAUUUCCUGCUGCUCUAUUACAUUGUCUGCCUACCUUUAAGUCAUCAUAAAUAAUCACCCCUAAAUCCCUUUCCUCAUAUGUUGAGGUUAGGACUCUAUCAAAUAUUCUGUACUCUGCCCUUGGGUUUUUACGUCCAAGAUGCAUUAUCUUGCACUUAUCCACAUUAAAUGUCAGUUGCCACAAUUCUGACCAUUUUUCUAGUUUACCUAAAUCAUUUGUCAUUUGGCUUAUCCCUCCUGGAACAUCAACCCUGUUACAUAUCUUAGUAUCAUCAGCAAAAAGACAUACCUUACCAUCAAGACCUUCUGCAAUGUCACUAAUUAAAAAUACUAAAGAGAAUAUUUUAACCCUAUAUAUUAUACUUUUUAUAGAAACCCUAUAUAUUAUAUAUUAAACCUAUAUAUUAUACAUUUCAUAUUAAAUACUAAUGACUGAGUAAGAUCUCCAGGUAGAUGAAACAAUUUGUAUCUAGGAGAGAAAUUCUGGAGCCUUGUCUAUAGGAAGUGUUUGUUUUUCAAAUCUAGUUUUUUUUUCUUUAUUUGAAAACUUUUACUAUAAUAAUAAAUUAACUCAGAGAAGACUUUCCAUCAGUGUGUGCUACAAAUAUAUAUAUAUAUAAUGCUGCUCAAGCACAUCAGUGAACAUUUUUCAAUUUUUAACUAUAUAUCAUACCAGAAACCACUAAAACAUAAAUAAUGCUAAAGAAAAUAAUUAAAAAAUUAAUGGAAAUUUAUCAACCUCCCCAAAACAGAAGGGAUGACUAAUGCAACAUUAAUAUGUAACAUGAAUAUAAGUAGGAGCAUUUUACGUAAGUAAUGAAAUAAUGUGUUACCAAAAUAAUGUUAAAACAUGAUGAAAUAGCACAUAUCAGACCCAAUCAGGUCAAUCAGGAAUCACUGGCUGUCCCAGGUUUGGUGUAGGAGUUACUCCUUCCUGGGAACGUGCUUAGCUGUCUUGAUAAAGGUCUGUUGUGACUGAAAUGCAUAGACCUUAAUUUAUUUAUUUAUUGGCAAUUUCUUUUCAAUCUUUCUGGUACUUGUAUCCAGCAUAGCACUACAUGAUGUUACCAUUGUAUUAUAGUUACAUUGUUACACUGAGGAGUGAUCUGGACCCCUUGGACCAUUGCUGUGCUGUAUGGUAGUGGGACAUGCUUCAGUCUUUACCAUUGAUUUUUUUGUGUAGUUUGAAUUGUGGUAUUUUAUCCUCUUUUAACACUAAUUUGGUAAUAUAUUCUAGAGUGUCUAUGGUAAUGAAUGGCAAUUCUCACAUUUACAAAAAGCUAAUUCCGACUGGACAACCAAACCGAAUUUGCCAGUUUCACAUGGUGUCUUGUUUAAAAUUGGUGCUUUUCAAAUCCAAAUGCUUUACAAAGUGUAGAAUUCAGGAUAUUUACAAAGCACAGAUUUAAAUAAUAUUCAGGAUGCGCAGUCACAAGUUACCCUUCACAAAUGAAUAAAAAGAAAGCGUAAAAGGCUACAUACCAUGUGAACGUAUAUUAAAUUUUAUUGAUAAAUGUAAUUGUAGAAUAUAAACAAAAUGUACUAUAAAUACAUACACAAAGCGCAUAGGAUUCGCAUACCGAGAUAGUCGAACGGGUCCUGUGUACCCUGGGAGCCUCCGUACCUUCAUAUUUCGGUUUUCGAUACACGUCAAGCUUUUUGGCCGAAGAUGAUCUCAUAUUCAUUUUAUUUAUUUUUCCGUGAGGAAUGCCGGCGGAUUACUUUAAGGAUCUACAUAGAUGUGAAGACUGGACACACCUUAACCCAUUUCUACAGCUAUCGGAUUCAGGCUAGAUUUCACCAUCUUUCCUGCAAUGGACAUUUAACUUUUUAUCAAUUCCCAUUAGAUUUUAUUAGGUGGAAAUUCCCUCUGAUCCUUCCGAUAACCACUGGUAUUUUAUAUUUUGUAUUUCAUGCAUAUACAUUUUUAUGUUAUUUUAUUUGCCACUUCAGUUUUUAUUUUUUAUGGAUUUAGUACUUAUUUAUUUAUAGUACAUUGUUUAUAUUCUACAAUUACAUUUAUCAGUUAAAUUAAUUAUACAUUUAGAUAAUUUAUAGCCUGUUUUGCUUUCUUUUACUUUUUAUUCAUUUUUUAUAUACCCCGGAGUAUUAAGGAUAUCUCCAUUUGAAGGCAGCAUCAUGACUGAUACAUGUGAUAGCAACAUCGGUUAUAAAUAGAUUUUUGGAUUUUAGCAUCACAGUUGUAGCGCGUUUUUUUUACCCCUUGGAGUUUUUUAACCCUGAGGUUUCUUGCAAAUUACCAUUCACUUGUGUUCCAAGCAGACAGUAAUUUGAAGUAUUAUUUGCCCGCUUCACAGUUUGAGGGUUAAUGGUGCUAGCCCGUUGCUACAUUAAGAUGUGAAUAACAUCAGAAUGCGAAUAAUAAUAAUUCAUCAAUGUCUGAUUUGUGUAAUUCAGGUCUUGAGCGGGCCGGAAUUUAGUCCGGAUUUUAGCUGAACCAAACGCCGCUAAGCGGCUGAAAUCUUUACUCAAUGCUGCAAAUCUGGGCUCACGGAAUUCAACUCCGGAUCUGAAUUUAAAAAAAUUGGAAUUAUUUUCCCACUGGUAGCGCUCAAAUCACUAAAAACCCUCGGGAACACAAGGGUUAAUUAUAUGGUGGCUGAAUAAUGAUAUAAAGAAAUAUAAAUCAUAUGCUGGCCAAUAAGAUCCCCAUAUUACUAUAAUGUAGGUAAUGAACCUGUAUAUACCCCCACCUACCAUCCAAAAUUCCUGAUUCCAAAUUUUCAGUAUGAAAAUGCAUUCUGUCCCAAAACUAUCUAUUUAGUUUGUUGUUUUUUUUUCCUAGCGUGAAGAAAGAUAUCGCAGAUGCCGAAGCUGCAGAAAUAAAACUUUUCAUUAAGAAAUGCAGAGACCUAACAGGUAAAUAAUAUAUAUAUAAAAAAAGGAUAGAAUGUGAAAAUGAAAAUGUGGGAUAGAUAAUUGCUUACUGGGGGAGAGUGGUUAAUGCGUUAAUGGCCGAUCGCCAUUAUUUCCAGAGAUCUUUCAAAUGUCCGUGAUUUGUUUUUACGCACACAAAGUUUUUGAUAACUCUCUUAUUUCUCUGCGUGAAAGGCUGAUUUUACUAAUAGUAUAUCUCGUCCAUUAAGUUUGGCCUGAGGAUACCUGAUAUGGAUGUCCCCUGAGCCUCCCAUAUCCUUAUUUGGCUGAACGCCCAGAAUAACCUCAGCCAUAUUAUUUCCUUAGAGAAUAAUCAAUCACUUUAUGAUUCAAUAUUAAGUACAGAUGUACUAACGUAUUCUUGUUUUGGUAUUAUCUUUAUUAAGCACGGUCUUGUCAUAAUUGUGUUACCAGUAUUUGGGUUGUGACUGGGCUGCAUUUCUCGCUGAGCUGCCUCGAUGUAACCAAUAACCAAUCUAUAUGAGACCCUCCCUAGUGUGGUCUGACUACGCAGCCCAUCGAUCUUUAACACAAUCAAUGAGAAUCACAGAAAAAUAAAGGAAGAGAGAAUCUCUCAAUCAAACUUUAUAUUACAGUAAUCAUGUGGACAUUCUGGAUCUCCCCAAAUAUACAGAUAGAAAACGUUUAUUACACUUGUAACGUGUUUCAUGUUUCCACAGAUUGCCAAUAAUCAUUGCUUCCUCCACAGCCCCCUCAUAUUAGCACUUACAUUGAGGAUUCAGG